GUUUCCAAGAUGGCCAAUGCAGCCUCAGUCUUACGGGGCGGUGCAAGAAGGGGCGGCCAAGGACUGCAGACAGGAUGUUGCGGACAGCUCUGAGCCGCGUGCCCAUACUACUCCGUAGUAUACGGACCCGGAAUCCUGGCCCGGGGCGGCUUUGGGAUUCAGAGGCUCGCCUGAGGACCGCGGAGAGACAACGGGGCUGGUCCUGGGGCUGGCGUAGCUCGAGCUCCGCGCAGGGAUCGGGGCCUGUGGCAGCGCUGGGGCGGGUGGAGGCGGACCGCUACCAGCUCGUCUACACCUGCAAGGUCUGUGGGACUCGGUCAUCCAAGCACAUCUCCAAGUUGGCCUAUCACCAAGGUGUGGUCAUUGUUACCUGCCCUGGCUGCCAGAACCACCACAUCAUCGCUGACAACCUAGGCUGGUUCUCUGACCUGAAGGGGAAGAGGAACAUUGAAGAGAUCCUAGCAGCCAGAGGAGAGGAGGUUCGCCGAGUGCUUGGCGAGGGUGCCCUGGAACUGCUUCUAGAGGCUGCUGAGCCACCUGCCACCUCAGAAGGGGGUGAGGAUCCUACCCUUACCGGCAAAAUUGAACAGAGCUGACUUGGACACUCUGCGGCUGUGGACUCUAGCCCCCCAAAAGUUUCACCCACCUGGAACCUGUCAGGCCCGGCCUGUUCCUUGUCAGUAAACAGCCGUCACCUCUA